UAUGUCAGAUUAUUAUGUACAAUAAAGUUCAGAAUGGUAUAGUUGUAUUACAUAAUUAGUGAUUAUUUAUUUAAGGUCUUAUUAAUAGGGAAUAGUGGAGUUGGUAAAUCAUGCAUGUUAAUGAGAUUUAGCGUAACAUUUUUAAAUUAAAAAAAAAUAGGAAAACUAAUUUACAAAUCAUUUUUAUAAUACAAUUGGAGUUGAUUUUGUAAAUAUUUAUGCUUAAAUUACAAUAGAAAAUUAAAGUAUUUUAAAUUGAUAAAUCUACUGUCAAAUUGUAAAUAGUAAACAUACAUAAUACCAAUAUUUUAGUGGGACACUGCAGGUUAAGAUAGAUUUAGAACUAUUACAAGCAGUUAUUAUAGGUAUUUUACUAUUAACAUAAAAUUUCAGAGGAGCUUAAGGAAUCAUUAUUGUUUUUGAUGUUACAGAUAGAGAAUCAUUCAAUUAAAUUAGAUAAUGGAUGCAAGAAAUUGAUAAAUUUGCAGCAGAAUCAGUGAAUAAAAUAUUAGUUGGAAAUAAAAUAGAUAGUUCUCAAAGAAGAGUGUCAACAGAUGAAGCAGAAGUAUUAGGUAUACAAUUUUAUCAUUUAAGCUAAAUAAUACAACAUUUCUUAUAUUGAGACCUCAGCUAAAACAAAUAUUAAUAUUGAAAAUUGCUUUAGUUUAAUUACUAGAUAAAUCAUUUAAAGAGUUGGGAAACCAAACUAGUAAAGAAAUUGGUCUCAUAAUUAUUAGAAAUCAAAAAAGUAAAGUAGGAAUGAAAUUGUAAUAGAAUUCACCAUAAUAAUAAACAUAAAAUAAAAAAGGAGGUGAAUAAGAUGGUUAAUGUUGCAUGUCUUGA